AUGGGGGCGUUCAGGGCGCUGCUGGGGAGUUUACACUACAUUGGACUCUACAUGCAACUUGGAGUCUCCGGGAGGCAAGCUGGACACGGCGAGGUGGAGAACCACAUCUCCGGGAACGCCAUGUUCACAGAGGUGCCUCAUGAUAUGACUGCUCAGAGAGGUCAGGACGUGGAGAUGGCGUGCUCCUUCAGAGGGGCGGGAACGCCGUCGUAUUCACUGGAGAUCCAGUGGUGGUACAUCAGGAACCAUCUUGACUGGACGGACAGACAACCCUGGACAACCAAUGAAGUCGCUCCUGAGGAAGAUAUGCCAAAGGAUGCUACAAAGAUAAGUGUCGUGAAGGUUGUAGGAAGCAACAUCUCCCAUAAACUCCGCCUCUCCCGGGUGAAGCCUUCUGAUGAGGGCACCUAUGAGUGCCGCGUCAUCGACUUCAGCGACGUCGCGGGUGCCCGCCACCACCGCGUCAGGGCCUACCUGCAGGUGGUGCCAGAGAGCGACAUCAUCGACAGUAACCGCAACGACAACUUCGAGGCCCUGGACGAUACCAAGGGAGGGGUGGAAUACGUCGACGGAGACAACGCCGAGUCUCACGGUGGCACCAAAGAGCACGCUCACGGCCAUCACCAGAAUCACGGGCACAACCAGGAGCACGGCAAGCGGCCCUCGACGCCGACCCACCACGGCCACAGCCACAGCGGCAGCGGUCAGCAGCAAAAGGCGGGCAGAGAGCUGAGGAAGAGGGACGUGGACAGUAACCACAGCCACAAUGACUGCACCAACGAGCCAAGCUGCGCGCCGUAG